UCAAGAUCCAAAAGUAGAAAUUCGCUCAUCCUCAAAUAACAAAAUCUUUUGUUCGCCUUCGUGGCGAUUGGAUGUGGUUUCUGUAACUACGCAUAUUUUCUUUUUUUAUCGUGGGGACGCGGUGUUCCUGUUUUUCUUUUACCUUCAUAAUCGUUAACUUCUCGAAUAUCCUCGUAUCAACCAGAGGAAUUGUCUUGCCGAAAAGCUGGAGAAUGGCGUGUGGACGUACCUUACUGUAUUCCUAAUUCGUCCGGAGACAUACAUUGAACUGAAUUGAACUGAACUGACCUUCAACUGACGAGUAUUGUUUGUAUCUGUCAUAUACAAGGCUUAGUGUUUAUUUAAUUAAGCACAGCGACAUUUCGAGCAGUAAUAGUGCUCAGUUUGUUCGCGUAACAUCUCGUCAUGGGUAACUGUUGUGCAUCUUGUUACAAAGAACAAUCGUCAUACGAAGAUCUUACUCCUGAUCGGGAAACUAUGCGACAGAGACAAGUGGAAGCAGCAGAGAGAAGAAUAGCAGAGCAGCAACAACGAGGUAUAAAAAAUAUAGAAGCUGUUAAAAGACAGCAGAAAUUAACAAUGGAACGUGAGAGGCGAGAACAAGAAGCUGGUGCCAGUACUACACAACCUACGCUAAAGUGGCAAAUGAAUUAAAUUGAAGAACGGUACUGUUUUUAAAGUGCACAUAUUUAAUUGCAAAGUAUUAAAUAUACUUAAGAGAAGAAUAUCUAAUUGGUCAUGGUGAUACAGGGAUUUCACAUUAUUAACAGCAUAAUACGAUCACGCAAGUGCAAUCUUAUCUUCUACAAUUUAAGAGUUCAUAAUUUUAUGAACUCUUAAAAAGUUAUAAGUAUAGACUUUGUAUAUUUUAAUUUAACUAUAUUGCCUUAUCUACAACCAAAUGGUUAGUAAUAAUAGUUUGUUUUUAGCUGA